AUGGCGGCGGGACCAAUUGGAAAUGGAAAAGGGGACGAGAGGCACCUUCAACAUCAUCAUGAUGAUCAACAACCGCAGUAUCACCACCGCACCAUCUGGGGACGGCUUGCGAUCGCCGAGACACCGUACCCUGUUAUCGCUGCAGAUGAUGUGGCCAUCAGUCUUUACGCCAACAGAAUAUUGUUUCGCGUAGCGCCGUCGACGUUCACUGUCACCGUAUUCCUGCGCGACGUGACGCGAUUUGUCUUCUUCGCGGAGGAGAACAGUAUAGAGAUUCAGGUCGCUCGAGAGGAUGGUGGCUCUCGCGCAUACAUAGUCACAUGCCAGGAGCCCGGCGUGGCUCUGAUGCUCUACGACGUAAUGCUGCCGCUGCUUCCGAACGACGCGGCGGACAGUUCGCUUGGCCAGGCAGUGACGCUGCCGACAUACACCACCGACUACCCCUUUCUACUCCUCUCGCUUAGCAUGAUGGAGGAGGCGGGCUUCUACGAGCUGUGCCCACGGAGCGAAUUGGCACCAAGUGCACGGCCGCUGAACUUGCGGAGCCCCACGACGCGGCUUUUCUUCCCCACCAAACAGCGCGUCCUGCUGCCGUCGGGGAAGCCGCCUGGGACGCUGGCCAACUCGCUGCAGGAGCGUCUGGCGGCGCCACGGGAAUCCCCGCAGGCCAUUAGGGCCGUUCCACCCAGACACAACUUACCUGCUGCUUCCCCCAAGGAGAUCUCUCGUCGUGUUGAAAGUCUUCAAAGGGGCUCUGAAGGCGCAAGGACGGGCUCGUUGAAGGAGCAGAAGCUGCCAUUGCGGAGCGAACCCUUCGCUGAGGACGGACCGCAGCUUGUGAUGUAUGACGUGGUGAGUGGAGAACAAAUAUACGACAGUGGUUCUGAUAGGCCCCCCGAUACGCCGUCGCUGUUGUGGGUUAGUCCCGGUCUUGGUGACACCAUCACUCCCUCCUCAAGCCCCCCGUCAAGGUCCAAGUCGCCAAACAGUGCGGGCGCUGUUGCAUCACCGCCCACGCAGCAGCAGGAGGAAGAGGAAAAGCAAAGACAACAACAACAAAUACAACGGAGAAGCGGCGCCUCGUACUUAUAUACCUUAACACCGGCUGAAAAAAGCCCAUUGGUACAGCGGCAAAAUGUGACACCUGGCGCCUUCCGCAUUGGGAGUGGCAUUGUGGGAGGUCAAGGGUCGCGCUCUAUUUCGCCCCACUCGCAUUGGUGUGGCGUUGCGUCUUCACCAGUGCCGUUGCGUCUGCCGGAACGUAGUCCCUCAGAAGCAUCUUUAAACCAGCAGGCCUACAGCGUACAGGUAGGUUAUGGCCCUACGGCAGGAGUGUGA